AUGGAGCAAGUCCAGCAGCACUUGGAAUACGCACGGAACUAUGUCCUGGACAAGCUUCCUGCCGACCGCCAAAGCCGGAUAUUCCUCGGCGGAGCGAGCGCCAGUGUGGCCGGCGUAGUGCUAUUGCCGUUACUCUACCACUAUUCUCUCGGACGAAAAAUCAGCCACACCCAUCCCAAUAGUUCAGUGCGGCAGGCGGCAUUGGAUUGUGGUGAAGUCGCUUCUCUGCCGAAAGAAAUCGUCGAAAAUGCUCAAGCGUAUCGCAUCGCUCAUGACAAGGUGGUCAAGCAUAUUCCCAAUCUGGUGUUCAUGAAGAAUGAGGAGCUCACGACAAACUUCACCAAAAUGCUCCGUCGCAAUAUGGCGUCUCUUUCGCGCAUGCCGCAAGGCUGGAUGUUGUGGUUGGUCUUGAGCUCGCCCGAGCAGCGUCGCACGUUUAGCCGGGAGUACAUCGAGAGUCUGGACUUUGAGGAAGGCGAUGUCGUCUGUGGGAUCUAUCGGGUUGCAGUGAGGACAGCUGUGCACGUUGAACUGGAGCUGCAUGCCCCGACGUCCGACUGGCCAAUAUCGGGUUUGACGAUCAUCAGCUUGAGGCCUCGGAACGAUGGAGCAAGUCUGAUCUCGGAGACGAUACAAUGGACGAAGAAAGCUAGUGGUGCUAUACUGCCGCUUGAGAGAUGGGUCGGAGGUUUCUUGCAUAGCUUCGCGGCGCGAUGGCUGGUCGUUACGGGUGGUGUGUAUUUGCAGGGCUUGAUGCGCAAGUAG